CGGCAGUGGAAACGCGGCCGUUUGCCUCACAUUCGCCGGCAGCUUUUAGUCAAAUACCGCGAGUGCUAAAUGAAGCAUAUAUGUAUAUCCGUUUCUAUGUUAUAAGUAGAAACAUACUGGAUUUAAAAUUGUGAUAUUUAGUUUAAGUGUGCCAAAAUAGACAAACAUGGAAGACGAUCAACAGUUUUGUUUACGGUGGAAUAACCAUCAAUCCACUUUGGUAGCAGUUUUUGAUACCUUAUUGGAAAGUGGAACUCUUGUCGAUUGUACCUUGGCUGCAGAGGGUAAAUAUCUCAACGCACACAAAGUAGUCCUAUCAGCCUGCAGUCCAUAUUUCGAGUCAUUAUUGUCUAAACAUUAUGAUAAACAUCCCAUACUUAUACUCAAAGACGUCAAAUUCCAAGAACUUAAAGCCAUGAUGGACUAUAUGUACAGAGGUGAAGUGAACAUAUCACAGGAUCAAUUAGGAGCAUUAUUAAAGGCAGCAGAAUCGUUACAAAUUAAAGGCCUUUCAGACAAUAGAAAAGGAGGGGAUGUAAAAACAGCAGCUCCAGCACCACCUAAAAGUCCUCAGCCUGCCUCAACGAUACCAAAAGUACAAGGCCUAACGAUAGAACAACGGACAAGAGAAAACAGUAGGGAGGGGUCACAGUCACCGGGUCCUCGAAAGAAAAAACGCAUGAGGCGGAAGAGUGAGGACCUAGACAAUCAUGACGUACAUUCAAAUUCUUCAGAGUCACAUAGUAAUCAUGGAUCAACCGCCCAAAACAUUCCGUUACCUGCCCCUUCCAAGUUAGCUGCCGACGUGCCUGAACCUUUAGAAACCAAAUCUGAAAUUAUACUUAGGCAUAAACCGAGUGACGAAAUCAUCCCCCAAGUUCCUAUCAAAGAAAAAAUAGAGACCCAUACAGAACUGAUGCUAGAACCAAAGUCUGAAUAUAUUGAGGAAAUGAAUGAGGACAGUAUUGAGGAUUUGACGUUAGAUGAUGAUGAUAUGAGUAAUAUGGAACACAUGGGAGAUGGCGCUGGGCCAAGUCAUGGCAAUAUGGGUGAAGGAUCAAGUCAAGGUUUUGGAUCUUGGCAAAUCGGUAAUCAAAGUCAAGAUGAAGUGUUUUUAGCGGCACAGGAGGCCGUUGGUGCACAUCGAGAUUCACAAGAUCAAUUGUUGGUAAGAAAAACAAGUCCACUCUCCAACUCUUUGCAGAAUGCACCUGGUCAUUCCUUGGAGAGAAAUUGUGCACAAACAAUAAAUGAUUUUGAUAUAUCAGGGUCCCAACAUUACCAACAUGAUAUAUUGAGAACGAUGGAAUACAUCAAGGAACAAAAUAAUCAAAUUUUGAAUAUCCUGAAUAACCAAAGAAAAGAUUCUGGCAAUAGAAAAACUUUUAGUUUGUUUGAUAUCCCAGUACAGCUUCCCAUAUCUUCAGAUAUAGAUUUGCUAACAAUGGAGGAAUUCUUAAAGUUGGAAAAGAAUAGGGACAAUAUUAUGUUCUAUUUGUCAUCCCUAGGAGGUGAAGAUGUUAUUUCCCACACAAAUAAAUGUCUUCAUCGGUUGUUAACAAGAAAGUUCACUUGUAACUUCAGUUUACUUGGAAAACCAGGAAGUAAAAAGGCAUUUUGUAAUUUGACUUUGAACAAGUGUAUAUUAGAUGCAGUAACAAGAAAUUGGCCUCAGGCAAACGAUUUUGAUGUGGUAGAGGCCAUAAGGGUCUGGCUGAAAGAUGCACCUCAAAGAUAUCGGAAUCACCUUUUAAAUAAAAGAAAUUCAAAUCAACCUUGCUAAAAAAUUGAUCGAAAAAAUUUUUGGUAAGAGAAAAAUGUAAAGAAGUCUUAUAUAAUCUUUAGGAUAUGUGGUGAGUGUAUAUUUUGACAGUUUUUUCUAUUAUUCAUUCGCUCACCUAAUGUUAAUUUCCAACAACACUAUGCAGUGUUUAUUUUAUUAUAAUAUGAAUAAGUAUGGAGCUUAUGGUAUGGUGAUGGAUCUUGGAAAGCUGUUUGUGAACUUCGAUGCUUGCUCGGUCUUCGAUGCAACGGACGUUAGGGUCUGCUUCAGGUGUAGUAGUUUUAAUCAUGUUCAACCCAAUUGCUCCCUCAAGAUAACUUGUCCAAAGUGUACCGGUGACAUCCUUUGAACAAGUGUACAAGUUCCACCCUUAAAUGUAUAAAUUGUAACAAUGCUAAUUUAACGGAUACUUCUCAUGCUGUGUGGGACGCUGCAAAAUGUCCAAUCUAUAAGAAGAAAUUGAACAACCUUAAGUCCUCUAUUUUUGUUACUAAAUAACAAUUAAUGCGGAAUGAUACUGCGAAUUUUGCAGCGGCUCAUUCACUUGACAUUGAGUGUUUUUAUCAGAAUGUUAGAGGCCUUAGGUCCAAGACACAUGAUAUUUUUGAUUCCAUUGUUCAAAGUGAAUAUGACAUAAUAUGUUUAUCGACCGACUGUCCCUAUUUGCUAUCACUAGUUGAUCUUCAUGUUCCUAGACUGCCUGUACGCAGCCCAACUACAUUUUAUCUACCUUUUCCACGCUCUAACGUCCUUCUUUUUUCGCCUCUGUAUCGUAUAUGUCAUGACUACAUGAGCAUCCAGCAAAUUGUUGAUAUUUUUCAUUGUAAUCAAUCUGAUAUAAGGAGGGCUGUUCUGGAAUCAAUGCUUCACUGUGGGUAGUUAGGCAUGAGCUUUUUUUCUCAAUGAGUUUUUUUUUCGCUCAAGCCUGGCUCCAUUUGAUUUGUUUUGAGUUUUAUUAUGUUUUAUAUUUUCAGUAUAUAACUUUUAAGUUUCAUUUCUUGUAUAAUUGUUUUCCCAUUCUGUAAUUGGCCUAGGCUGUGGAAUGGUGUAAUUAUUAAAUGAAUAAAUAAAUAAAGUAAUCCAAGAAAGUAUAUGAAAAUACUGGAAUAUAGUAGAUAUUAUAUUAUAAGAUGAAAAAUGUAUCCAAGAAAUUAUAUGAAAAUUCUGGAAUAUAGUAGUAUAUAGAAUACAAAAUUUUGUGAAACAUUUUAAUAAAUAUAAUCUAAUAUGAA